AUGACGACGACGACCUUGUUGUUCGGUGGUAAUGUUUUCCUUCGAGGCGUACCUUCUGCGUUGACGAUGCGACGAGGACGACAGCAAGAGCAUUCGUGUUCGUGUUCGUCCUCGGCGGCGUCCAAAGCGGUUUUUCUUCCUUCCAGUUGGCGCAGGAAUAACAUCAAUGCUCGAUACUCGAUCGUCGCGCGAAGCAGCGAAAAGUCAUCCUCCUCUUCUUCGAACGAGAAGAAGAAGACAAAGAAGACAAAGAAGAAGAACGAAUCCGAAGAGAAGAAAAAGAAGAAGACAAAGAAGAAGAAGUCAAAAUCGGAUGAAACGACCGAGUUGCUGUUGCAAACGGUGCAAAGCUUAAAACAAGAGAUGCAAAAGAUGAAACUAGAGAUGCGGGCGAUGGAACCGGAACGAGAACCGUUGGGUGCACCGAGCGCGACGGAGGUUAUGAGCGGCGGCUUCGGCGGCGGAAUGAGUAAAAGGAGUAGCGGGAUGGCGAAGACGACCGAGCCGUCGUCGUCGAUUACGCAAACGACGCAGAAAGAGAAAGACGAGUACUUUAAUAAAGUCGCGAACGAUCUCUUAACGCCGGCGUUAGGGGAAACGAUAUCGAAUCCGGAGAUGAUUAUCGUCGAUGCGGCGAAUUGGGCCGGGGAUGGGACCAAUCGCGGUCACGAGUGGCCUUUACUGAGAAACGGCGACAACGACGUGUAUUUGAUGACUUUAGCGCACGCGGCGUUGAUGGAGAGUGGGUUUUGGUGCGGGGAAGACGACACGGAGGAGAUGUAUUUUGGAAAGAAGACGGAAGAGGCGGUGGAGUUUUUCCAAGGCGCGAACGGUCCAGGAUUAGAAGUUAACGGCAUGAUCAACACGAAAACGUGGUUAGCGUUGCUCGGGAAAGAGAAAUUCGAAUGGGGACCGGCGCCCGGGGCAAUUUUAGACGAAGACGUCGCCUCGUGUCGCGAAGGUAUCGCUCGAAAAGCGUUCGAAGAUACGCAAAAGAAAUUAAAAGCCGUCGUUGCGAAAGAGGACGAAGACCCGUACGGGGAAGACAUCGAUUCCGGUCCUCCCGCUGAGGACGAUUUCAUCGACGUGAAAGGUUCCUCGGGCGACUCGGUCGAAUGGCCCAUCUUGCGACUCGACGAAGGCGGCUUCACCGUCCACAAAAUGCAAGCCAUGCUCUCCACCCUCGGAUUCAACUGCGGCGAAGACGACUCCGAGUACUGGUUCAUGGGUCCCGACACUCAAAACGCCUUACAAACGUUCCAAGCGUCCGAAUCGCUCCCGGAAACCGGCGUCGUCGAUUUCCAAACCUGGACCAAACUCUUCGACGCGUGCGGCUAUACGAACGCAACCAUGAAGACGGUCGAGGACGCGUUCGCCAUGGUUCCCGAAAACGAGUACAGCGUCGACAGAUCGCCAGGGUGUGGGGAAAACGAGAACCAAGGCGUGUGGUUGAUUGGAGAGCAGAGGUACGAGAAUUGCCAGACGUGA